AUGGGUCGGCGCCGGGCGCCCGAGCUCUACCGGGCCCCGUUCCCGCUGUACGCGCUGCAGGUGGACCCCAGCACCGGGCUGCUCAUCGCCGCGGGCGGAGGCGGCGCCGCCAAGACGGGCAUAAAGAAUGGAGUGCAUUUUCUGCAGCUGGAGCAGAUUAACGGGCGCCUGAGCGCCUCCUUGCUACACUCCCAUGACACGGAGUCGCGGGCUACCAUGAACUUGGCGCUGGCUGGCAACAUCCUUGCUGCGGGGCAGGAUGCCCACUGUCAGCUCCUGCGCUUCCAGACCCACCAGCAGAAGGGCAAAAGCAAGCCCGAGAAGGCAGGCACCAAGGAGCAGGGGCCUCGGCAGAGGAAGGGGGCGGCCCCACCAGAGAAGAAAUCUGGAACUGAAACCCACCAGGAGGAGGUAGAACUGAGAGUAGAGAAUCUGCAGGCGGUGCAGACAGACUUCAGCGCCGACCCGCUGCAGAAAGUUGUGUGCUACAACCACGACAGCACCCUGCUGGCCACGGGAGGCACCGACGGCUGCGUUCGCGUCUGGAAGGUACCCAGCCUGGAGAAAGUGCUGGAGUUCAAAGCCCACGAAGGGGAGAUUGAGGACCUGGCUUUGGGGCCUGACGGCAAGUUGGUGACCGUGGGCUGGGACCUUAAGGCCUUCGUGUGGCAGAAGGAUCAGCUGGUGACACAGCUGCACUGGCAGGAGAACGGACCCACUUUUUCUAGCACGCCUUACCGCUACCAGGCCUGCAGGUUUGGGCAGGUUCCAGACCAGCCUAAGGGGCGACGACUCUUCACAGUGCAGAUCCCCCACAAGCGGCUGCGCCAGCCCCCACCCUGCUACCUCACAGCCUGGGAUGGCUCUACCUUCUUGCCUCUUCGGACCAGACCCUGUGGCCAUGAAGUCGUUUCCUGCCUUACUGUGAGUGACUCGGGCACCUUCCUAGGCCUGGGCACAGUCACCGGAUCUGUUGCCAUCUACAUCGCUUUCUCUCUCCAGCGCCUGUACUAUGUGAGGGAGGCCCAUGGCAUUGUAGUGACGGAUGUGGCCUUUCUACCCGAGAAGGGCCGUGGUCCAGAGCUCCUUGGGUCCCAUGAAACUGCCCUGUUCUCUGUGGCUGUGGAUAGUCGUUGCCAGAUGCACCUGCUGCCCUCACGGCGGAGUGUUCCUGUGUGGCUCCUGCUGCUGAUCUGUGUUGGGCUUAUUGUCAUGACCAUCCUGCUGCUCCAGAGUGCCUUCCCAGGUUUUCUUUAG